CUAGGAAAAGAAUGGUGGCAUUGAUCAGAGAGUUGGCGAGUGUGUGGUGAGCAAUGUGAUGGUUGACCAUGGACCACAGCAGCGGGGGCGGCCACCACCUCCACUACGCCCAUAUUCUCUCACACCAACUCAAUCAGCUCAGUCUCUCCACCACAGGCCAGCAGGUGGAUCCCCAAGAACGAAAUUAUGCCGGGAGGAAUAGCGACCAUGGCCAAGAAGUCUACUCUCCACAACGGUUGCAGGAGCCAGUGCAAAAUAUGCAGCAACGGCAGCUACAACAGUUGCAGCAGCUACAGCAGCUGCAACAACAACAGCAGCUGCAGCAACAACAGCAGCUCCAGCAACAACAGCAGCUCCAGCAGCAGCAACAACAGCAGCUGCAACAGCAACAGCAGCAGCAACAUCAACAACAGUUCUUUCAUCAGCAGAGCCAGGAACAGCUGAAUUAUGGAUCAUCAGGAAUGGCUCAUAAAACCCAAUCUCUCCUGGCGACAACCCACAUCUCUUCCACGCAUCAUCAAUUUUCUCCUGAUCACCUCGGUAGCCUAGGCCUACAGUCGCCACAUAUGACACCCAGACAGUCGCAGACGUCCUCGCCCAUAAGGUCCACACUGGGAGCUGUGCAGCUUGGUUCAUCUCCUCUCGCUUCAAGACUGGGUGAGAAUACUUUAACUGGUGUGGGUUCUCAGACACCGGUGCAAACACUCUUGGGAGGAGCACAGCUUGCAUCCAGCUUGCAAGGCUCCUUACAGUCUCAGGAACAGCCGACAUCUUUAUCCUUCUCGUCACAGCCGCCCAUGCAGGAGCGUCUCGGCACAGCUCAGCUGGGGUUGAGCUGGGAUCCAACAGAAAGUCAGACUUCGGGGUAUCCACUACAGAUUCAUGCAGCAUCACAACAGAUGCAUGCAGCAUCACAACAGAUGCAUGCAGCAUCACAACAGAUGACCCAAGCAGGAAGCAUUGGCAUGUUGCGAGGAAAUCAGUGUGGAUCGCAGAUUGUAAAUGGCCGAAUGGCUGCGGGAAUUCAGAUGCAAGAAAACUUACACUAUCAAAACCAGAUUCAGUUUAGUGGCAUGGAAUAUCCAACAGCCCAGCAACAGUACAGCAGCUAUGAUCAGGCUCAGGCAUUUUCUCAGAACACAAAUAAUUUCCAGUUCAAUGUAAACUAUAUUGAAAGCUGUGAUCCAAACCUAUAUGAAGAUUAUUAUUAUGGAGACUACCAGUACAAUGACAGCUACAAUGGAUCAAUGGAGAAUUUAGAACCAAGUUAUUUGGGCAUAGCAACUGGACAGCCAACUACACCAUAUGGUGAUGAAACGGUCGAUGACUUGGGGCCAGAGGAGGUUCGAUGGUUUUAUAAAGUGGAAGCAGAUAAAAAAUGGACUCCAUUUAUUGGUUAUGACUCUCUUCGCAUUGAGUGGAAGUAUCGAGACUUAUUGCAAGAUGCCACGUCGGGUGGGUCUGAAGACUCAACAUUAGGAAAUCUGGGAGCUGGUAGUUUGUCUCCGAAGGAGGUCCGGGAAGGAAAGUCUCAAGUCGUAGAGAGAAUCGUAGUUCGCGGAGGGCUUUAUGAGGUUGAUGUGAAGCAGCGCAAGUGUGAAAGUAUUUACUGGCAAGGUGAAAUUUUUAUGAUAAGUCGAGGAACAUGGUUCUAUGAUGGCACCUGGGCACCUGUAGAAGAACUUCUUUCCGACAGGAUUGAGUUGGAACAUCUAACACACUUCAGAGGCCACUUGCUGUCUUCUCAGAGGGUCGAUGACUGUACUAAGGAAGUAGCCCAUUGCUUGUCACUCCCCGAGGGCGAAGUAGACUGGUUCAAUGCUUCGGAAGUUUACCUCACGUCAGAUGCUACGCCCUCACGACUUAUGCGAUCUGUUGGGAAGAAAUUAGGCUUCCAGAAGACUGGCUACAAGCUAAACCGUGGCUACAGCAUUGAUGCUACAUCAAGUGACAAGCCUCCAGAUAUUAACCACAUCGUGUUUGUCAUACAUGGCAUUGGGCAGAAAAUGGAGCGCGGACGGAUCAUCAAGAACACUACUGCGUUGAGGGAGAAUAUUAGUUAUCUAAAGCACAAGUACUACCCUUCCAUUGUCAAAACAAGCAACACGGUGGAAUUUUUUCCUGUAGAGUGGCGGUCGUCCUUGGUGUUAGACGCUGGAGUUAUUGACUCCAUUACGCCCCAGAAGAUUCUCAACAUACGACAGAUGCUAAAUGCUUCAUUUAUGGACAUAAUGUACUACAACAGUCCCCUUUAUAGGGAGGAGAUAAUUACUGGCUUGACUGGAGAGAUGAACCGUCUGUAUACAAUGUUCACACAACGAAACCCUUAUUUUGAGGCUAAUGGAGGCAAGGUGUCAAUGGUGGCUCACUCAUUGGGCUGUGUCAUCACAUAUGACAUAGUAACUGGCUGGAAUCCUGCUCAGCAGUUUGAUCGGCAACUUGUGCAGUCUUUGAUUGAAAAUAUGAAUAAAAGCAGCGACUUAAAAAAUGUUUCACAAAUAAUGUUCAAGAAAAACUUGCAAGAACUUCUUGAGCAACAUGACUCGAAAUGUUGUCAGCCAUCCUUAAAUUUCAAGAUUGAAAAUUUCUUCUGUUUGGGUUCCCCACUAGCAGUAUUCUUGGCCCUGCGAACAAAACUAUCACAGGGAGCAACCCCAGAUAUCAUCCCUCAAAAACUGUGCAAGCGUCUACUCAACAUCUUUCAUCCAGCUGACCCAGUGGCAUAUAGAAUUGAACCUCUGCUGUGUCCAGAAUACUCCAACAUUGCUCCAGUACUGAUACAUUCCUACAAUGCCACGGAUAAAAUGCCAUACAACGAGAUGCCUCUUGAACCAAUAAUAUUGUCCAAAGAAAAGGAUGGUGGGGACAAAUCACGAGGAGACUCUGGAAACAACACUCCUGUCUCCUCUGUACCCAGCACACCUAUAAAAGGGGGAGCAAGCUCAUGGAGUCUGUGGGGGUUAAUGAAAGGGACCAAGAAGCCUGCUGAUUCAGGUGCCAGCAGUCAGGAGCUUUUCUCUGCACUCCAGGAUGUGAAAAACCAUACGUUGCACCGUCUUCACUUUGUGAUGCAGGAUGGGACCAGACAUGGUUUAUCCAGCUGCAGUGUUCCUGUGUUCAGACUUGGUUCCCUCUGUAUCAUAGUCAUAACCAUUAGACAAAAUGAGCAAUCUUGUUUAUUAAAUGCAAUAUUUAUUGCAAUAACCUUUUUGUAAAUAGGAAAUGUUUUUGUUAAUGAAGCAUAAAUGUUUUGUGUUUAUUCUUUCUAGAAGUAUCUAGUCCUCUUAUUUAGUUGUAUGGCAAAUUUUAUAUGUCGAGCCACACUACGUUGAAGUCCUCAGUUGUAACAGUUGCAGUGAUAUUUGAGAUCUUGUAGAGUACGCUAGACGUUAUUAGCCUACAUUAGCCUACUGCAAUGGAGCCUUUCAGCCUGAUAUGCUCAGGUCGGGGCCAACCUAGUCUGUGAUAUGCUCGGAGUCUCUCUCUGGUCCCUCGGCUAAAGUCCACUGUUAUUAAUCCUGCCGGGUUCUAAAUGUUAUUCAUCAACACAUAUGGCAGAUUUAAGUUUCCCUUUUUAUUUUAAUUUGUGAGGUAUGCUUGCUGCCAUGCUAACUGAUCAUGAAUGAAUACUGUAAUCCCUAUAUUUACGUCUGGGCUAUGUUCCUGUUAAUAUGAACUUAAAUUGAAACGGCAUCAAUUGAAAACUUUUUCUGGGGGGAGCCCCUUUGGCUUCCCAGAGUUGCCGGGAACCUCCGGGUCUCGCCCAGAAAAAGGCGCUUCAUUACAUUCAAUGCUUUUUUUUUUCGUCAUAAUAAUCAAUGGGAAUAUGUUCCUCAUAAAAAACAAAUAUCCAGAAAAAAGCAUAAAAUAAAAACAACAACAUUACUAAUAAAAAUACAAUUGUAGCAGAGAUAGCAGUGGCAAGCAUGUGUUAAGGCUUGAUAAGAAGUGACUGAUACUUGAAGAGUUCUUUAGAGGCAGGACUCUGCCUUUUCAUUUCUGGUGAUUUGUUCUCAUCCAGUUUUAAAAAUUGAUCUUGAGACAUCUGGACAACCCCUUCUUAACCCCCUGCCUUUUUCCUGUUUAAACUCUCUCGGUAGGGGACCAAGAGAAUUUUAUGCUGUUUUAAAUUCACCGUUUUGUUCCAAUAUUGGGUCAGCCUCCAUCAAUAUUUAUUUGUGCAACUGCAUAAAAAGUUUAAAUGCCUCGGGUAUUUAUUUGGGGUGACAAUUGAUUUGGGACUUUAAUCUCAACAUUAUUUUAUCCAUUCCUUCAUCUUUUCAUUGCUGUUCCGGGAGAAGCAAAUCUUCUCCCAUUAAAGAGGGCUCUUUGAUGGUAGUCAAGCAUUCUAGUCACUUCUUCUUAAUUAACUUCAUCAAAUUCAGUGUUUUGAGCAACCUCAGCAAUAUCAUGAAUAAUGUUUGCCAUUGUGUAAAACCCCUAAAUUUAUUGCAACACUAAACCUAGAGUUUUUCACACUACAUUCAGUCACCUGUGUUUGAUGCUGCUCUAAUGUUCCUGAUAGCCAUCCUGAUGUUAUAGUUGUUCUGAAAUAGCUUGUCUAGAGUCUAUUACACUGUUGAGCUGGAUUAUUAUUAAAGUGCAGCAACCUUUGAAUGCUUUUCUAACACCUUGGCCCAUAAGUUGUUUUGUUUGGUGGCAAAAACACACAACUUCUCCAUUGCCCUGUGAUCGUCAAGGUAUAGAAGAUCAUCAAUGUGGAAUGGCCAGGUGCAUUAUCCACGAUCGGUACAGCUUGAGAUUGUGUUUGGGAAAAUAAUCCUCCAUAAAAAUUAUUCUUGGAAUAGCCCUUCAAAGCUAUUGGAUUUUGUGAAUAAUAAAUCAAUAAUGGCUUGAGACACUGCACUUCCUCCCAGCAUUAGUGUCAGGCAAUCUUUGACAGCUUUGAAGCUUGGAGCCGCCACCUUUCCUAGAAAUGUGUGUUCUCCCUGACAUUCGGUUCCAAUUUAAGCCUGUUCCUUACAGGUUGUAGAUUUGAUUGGGAAUCUAGUCAACUUCUUAGAUUUCUUUCAAUAUCAGAGGCUAUUGUUUGGCUGCUUCCUUGUCUGCAUUCACAGCUUCACCAGUUAUCUUUGUUAUGCAAGGAACAAUGAUGCUUAAAUUGCUCAUACCACCCAAUGCUUACUGUGAAAUUCAGUAACAUUGAACUCUCACCAUGCUUUUCCAUAAAGUCCAUGGUCAUUUAGUAACCAUGAUCUUUGCUUUAUCAACAAGCUGACAGGCACGUUACUGUCUAUAUGAACUUGAAACCAAAUGGUUAACAAUUUCAAAAUUUGUCUGAAACUGAAUGUCUGUUUUCAUAGCUUUUGCAGCUCCUAAUGGGGUCACACAUUUAGCACUUGCUAAGUAUCUGCCAGUAUUCUUAUUAAUUGUUCUUGCAGUUGUGGGUCGUGGGCCAGGAGCGGAGGCAAUAUGUGAGGGGCCAUUCUGGAGCACUAGACUUAUUUAACAGUUGCAUUUUCACCUCAAACUGAUGGUUUUCCUGGCUUUGUUUGGUUCUGAGGCACCAUUAUCAUUUGAUGGAAGCUUUCUACUCUUCAUGUUUGCUGGAUGUUGCUAACAUUCUUCAGCUGUAAAUGUAGAAUAAAUGUGUACAGCAUUGGUGGAUAUAUCUACAAUGGCAACAUUAACACUGAAGGAGGACAUGUAAAGCACAUCGUGCCUCGUAGGUCUCAUUGUUAUGAAAGCAGAUGGAAAAAAGCAAUUGUUUUUCAUUAAAAUUUGCAUGUUCAUAUUGAGAAAAUAAGGAUGUAAAUCAAUUCUUAUUUUGUUGAAUGUUUAUAUUGAAAAAAAUAAGGCUCUAAAUCAAAAAGAGUUUGUAAAAUGUCAUUAGACAAUAGAAAUGAUAUAAAUAAGAAGGACGUAAAUAGAAGGAUGACAGUAAUACAGUAAAUGUAUAGAUAUGGAUGAUAAGAAUAGGGCUUAAAGAUGAUGAAGUGAGAUUGUAUUUUUCUUUAGUAAUGAUAAUGGAUUUUAUGCAUUUGAACAUUUCAUUCAAUGGGAUAAAGUGAGAUACACUAAACAUAAACAUUAUUAUGUCAUUACAUGUUAACAAGGAGGUAAUACAAUCCAGUAGAGAAUGUCUUAGGUUGUCAUAUCUACAAGGUUACCUUAUAUGUGCAUCUUGUUGACCUCUUUAAUCUUAGACACUGAUGGCUGCUGGUAUUAGAGAAUGAUCUUUAUAGGCAUGUGUAGUAUAGCUUAGUUAAUGUGUAAGUCAAAUUUUCUUCAUAUUCAUAUAUCAAUUCUUUUUUUUUACAUUUAGUUUCAAAUGUUAACAUGUCAGUAGUUUGUAACGAUUUCAUGCAAGGUACUCUUUAUACUUCUACUGCUAUUGUAUUUAACAUGUAGAACUAAGGGAAGAAUGUUACUUUGAAUGAUGGCACUUCUUGUGAUAAUUACACAUUAUACUAUGAAUGACUACUGAAGACCUUGCCAAUAAUUUUGGUAGGGAGAGACAGGCAUAAGGGACAACCAGCCUGCACAUGUAGACUUGUCGUGGCAGACACAGUAGUCUUCAUUCAAUUUUUUUUUAUCUUACUAAGUGCAUUUCUCAUGUGAUAUGGUGUUCCCUUAAUUUGAAAAGGGAUUAGUUUAGUGGUCACUUUAGGGGCAAAACUGAUAUAUUUGAGAGAAUCUAUAACCUUCCAGAUGUUCAUAGUGUUAUUAUCCAACCCAAGGAAGAAAACUAGCAAGGUUGUAGGGAGUGCCAUACUGUGUUCUCUUGCCUCAAUGUUUAUAUAUUGUAUAGUACACCUAUCUGGUAUAUAGGGAAAUGACUGAGAAGUACAGUGUGUAAACUUGUAGAAAUAUGUAUAAAUAUGCACAACUGUUAAUUAAAAUACAAUUCAUAUAAGUGAAUAGUAAUAAAAAGGGUGAACUGUAGAUCAUGAAAUAUAUCUACUACAGUAGUCAGAUUUUUUAAUAUUUGACAGCUUAUCAUCUCUGGCCCCCAUCACAUCCCAUCAUCUCUAGCUCUCAUUGUCUCUGAUGUCCAGUCACACCCCUUUGUCUCUGGUCUGUUACUUUGUCAAAGUACAAAGUAAGAAAUUCCUGUGCACAUGGGCUCACAUUUGGUUCCUCAGGCCUCCAAUAAACAGACAGCAUCUUGAAAAAAAAUCAUGGGCACCCUUCUUGUGAGAGCCACAGGAGUGAGAGGAUAACAGUGCAUGCUGCAACAGCCGACACACUGCCUUACCAUUUAAUAAUGAUGAAAUAAAUAACUGAUUAUUUUACAAUGGUAAUGCCAUGGGAAAUCCUGACUGAUAAAGACAAUGUACUUGGUUCAAAUGUCAGUGAACACAAUGCUAGUUAUGAUGAUCACAGUGCUAGGCAGUCGUUCACAGCACACUGCUACAGUUUUGUGCAUCGUGAAAUGGGACUUCGUGUUCCUUUAGAAAAUAAACUUGUGGAAAAUGAUUGAUGUUCAUGAUUUGGUGACCAGGAUUCUGAUGAUAGCUGUAUUGUGGCUACAGUUAGCAAGGUGUGUAGAUAUUGGAAGACAUUUUGCAGAGUUGGAUGGCGUUAUCUGCCGAGUAGCACUAUGCUGCAUUUGAAUUUUAUUACCACGCCCCACCAGAACUGCUAAGUGGUUCAUUAUAGUGCACAAAAUUGUAGACAGUUGUAACGUUUGUACAGUAUAUAGUAUAAUAACAGCAAAAACUGGGGAAAGUUGCUCAAAGAAUAUAAUAAUGAACUCAUUAGUGACAUGAAUAUAUCAGCAUCCCUAUAUUCUCCACAUCCUUUGAUACAAGUAACAUUCUGGUGCAUCAUUGUACUUGAAAAAAAUGGUAAAAACAUAGGAAAUAAAAAUACAAUAUAUUCAAU